AUGGGACCCAAAAAUCAAAAAUCUUCUGGCGCAAAGGGACGGGCGGCAGAAGAAUCCAAGGAAGAUCCUCUUUCUGCAGUUGUCAUCGCCGACAGCUUUGAGACUAGAUUCCGCCCCUUUACUCUGGAGCAGCCUCGCUGUUUGCUCCCACUAGCUAACACACCCCUGAUCGAGUACACCCUGGAAUACCUGGCCAGCACUGGUGUUGAGAUUGUCUACAUUUAUGGCGGGCCUCACAUCGACCAGCUGGAAAGAUAUAUUAAUGCAUCGCGAUGGAGAGCAUCGUCAUCCCCAUUUACAGAUCUAAUCUUUCUCAGGUGCGUUGCCACUUGUGUUGGCGAUGUCAUGCGUGAUCUCGAUCAAAAACACUUGAUGUCAGGAGAUUUUCUUGUUGUCGGAGGUGAUAUCGUUUCCAACUUCCCCCUUGAGAAGGCUCUGGCACAGCACAAAAGCCGCAGGGAAAAAGACAAGAACGCCAUCAUGACUAUGGUGCUCCGGGAGUCGGAACCUGGUGUCCAUGAAUACAGCGACGGUGUGGUCUCGACCUUUGUACUAGACCCCACCAAAAACAGAUGCCUGCACUACGAAGAGUCAGCACCUAGUACACAAUUUACCGCCCAGAUUGACCCGGAAAUCCUCAAAAUACCAGAGCUCGAAGUGAGACAAGAUCUUGUUGACUGUCGCAUCGAUAUCUGCACCCCAGAGGUGCUCAGCUUGUGGUCUGACAAUUUUGACAAUCAGUCUCCCCGCAAGGAUUUUCUAUUUGGUGUCUUGAAGGACUGGGAGCUUAACGGGAAAACCAUCCACACAUUCGUAGUCAAAGACCAUUACGCCUCCCGCGUUGCAGAUUUCUGGACUUACAACACCAUCUCUCAAGACUUCCGGCAAGAUAUUGUUAGUUCAAUCGCAACCGAGAAUAAUGUCUUUGGAGAUACCCAUUACAACCGGCUACCGGCUGGAUCGAUCAAGGACCACACAGUCAUUGUACACCGGCCGGCAACAAUUGACAGCGAGUCUAUUAUUGGUCAAAGCACCAGCCUUGGACGAGGGUGCUCUCUCAAAAGCAGUGUUGUGGGCCAACGCUGCCAUGUGGGAAAGGACACACAAUUGGAUUCGACUUACAUUUGGGACGAUGUCACGAUCGGGAACAAUGUCAGGAUCUCUAGGUCAAUCGUGGCCAAUGAGGUUUUCGUUGGGGAUGACUGCAUUAUCGAGGCUGGCGCACUGAUAUCAUUUGGCGUAAGAAUCGCGCCUGGCACUACCGUUCCCGCAGGCUCGCGGGUUUGCAAGGGGCAGAGAGGACCAGACGGGGAAGGACGAAAUGAUAUCCUUGUGGGUAGCGAAGCUGGCGAAGACCAUGCGUAUCUGGAGAAUGAAGACGACUAUUUCGGGCCAGCCGAAUCCCGGCUGGUGUUCAACAAACUCGAUUACGCCGAGUCGAUAUCCAGCCUUGGAUCCGAGAUAACAGCAGACGAGGUAUCUUCCUUUGAGGGUUCGAGAAGUCAAAGCUUCGCUACAUCCAUGUCAGACGACGAUCAAGGCGAUCGCUUCCAACAUGACACAGUCGCAAUUCUUGUCCAACGAAUGAAAGAAGGACAAAAAGCAGAUGAUAUGCUCAGUGAACUCAUGGGACUUCGCUUCAGUGGCGGAGCUGAUGAGACUCAGGUUCGCCAUGCAGUGGCGGUUGCUAUAAUGAAGUACAUUCACGGAUGCAUUGAAGAAAACUUAUCCCCCGCAGAAGCCACAAGAAAGACUCUUCAGGCGUACAACACUCUAAUUCGUCGAACAGGGGCAGACCAGGCUACUCAUGAACAGGUGCUGUUCCUGCUAGAUGCUCAAAAGGAUCUUACACGGCGUAAAGAGGGUGGGAAGACCCUGCUCUUUGUCGUCAAAGACCUCUAUGACCUUGAGGUUUUUGGGGAAGAAGCCUUUGUUGAUUGGUGGGCAGAUGAAAGGUCUAGCAGUGACGCAGAGAUGAGUGCAGUCCGGCAACAAAGUUCUCAAUUCAUUGAAUGGCUUAAGAACGCAGAGAGCGAAAGUGAGAGCGGGGAAGACGACGAUGAAGAUGACGAAUGA